AAUCAACGAGGAAAAAACAUAAGUUUCGCGCUAUUCAAAGUUACUUGAGCGAGUGGCGUCCUGAGGUUUCUUGUUUAAGUUUAUGUUUGUAAGUGGUCGUGGAUAAAUCAGUGUUGUGAGAAGUGCGGUCUCAGUUCUGGUAAAGGAAAUCAUUUCCAAAGCGAGUUGUAGCAGAAUUGCAGCUGCACAAAGAAGUAGGGAAUAUACCUGGCCAGUUCGAGACUAGUUUUGUGAUACGUAUGCGCGUAUUCAUUCCACCGCCCGGACCGAAAAAAGAAAAGAAAACUUGUACGGCAGGACGGUUUUCAGGCCGUCACCAUGGCAAGCUUGUACAGUCGGGUUAAGCUGCGCCAUGAAAAAUUACAAAAGGUGACUGCGGACUCUCAAGCCCUCUAGGAGCAGUUGCAAGCGGAGGGAGCUGUCAGUGAAGAGGAGUUCACAGCAAUCCACUUAAAAUUGAAGCAAUGCUUGGGGACUUUUGAAAAGGAGUUAUUUCAAUAUUUAAGUGUUGUACCGGAUGCAGAUGUGGUUAAGAUGACCCAAGAUCAACUUAAGGCUGAAGAUCUAUUGACAGAAUUGGAAAUUGCAUUACAGAUUGGCAAAAGGCGGAGUGAAACUGUUAAAAAAUCCAAACUACCUGAAUUAAGUCUUCCAUCCUUUUCGGGGGACAAGUUGAAGUGGUGCGAGUUUUGGGACCGGUUUGCUGCUAAUGUAGACCAUAGACAGUUACAGGAGUCUGAGAAACUAAUGUACCUCCUGAGCUGCCUGAAGGGCGCAGCGCUUGAAACAGUUUCAGGAAUAGCGGCUACCAAUGCAAACUACUCCAUUGCAGUGGAAACUUUGAAGCGGCGUUACGGGUCAACUGACACUCUGAUUGACGCACAUUAUACCGCCCUCAACAACCUCCAAAAGGCAGACUAUACUAGUGCCAGCUGCCGUAGUGUCCUGGACAGUGUUGAACGGAAUAUCAGGGUGUUGGAGAAGCUCGGGGAACCGGUUGGAGGCAAUCAUUUGAGAGCAUUAGUCUUGUCAAAAUUCCCAGAAAAGGUGAUCCAUGAGCACCACCUCAUAGGUGAAGCUACUGACUUGAUGGCCAUUAGAAAUAAUUUAGAUAAAAUUAUCACAGCAAUGGAAAAGUCAGUGGAUACAGUUGUACCGAGUCCAAAGUACACUGCCGUGCCUGGCAGUAGCACAACUGAGGCGUUGCAAGUACGUACAGAAGUAAGGUCUCAGAGUAGCCGGAAGCGGAAACACGCGGGAGAUGCUGGAGCACCACCAUCAAAGCAAGCAAAGAGAGCAUGCUUGUUCUGCAACCUGAAAGGACAUGCUAGCAGGGACUGUCGCAAAUACAAUACAGUCGAAGCUCGGCAGAAGCAAGUAACGGGAAGGUGUCUACACUGCCUACGACGCAACCAUAAGGCAUCAUCCUGCAAGCGCAAGAUUGCUUGCUUCCGCUGUAAAGGAGACCACCUGCUUAUAUUCUGUCCCAAUCCGGCCUCAGAUGGUGAGGAACAUGACAUAAUGGAGAAACUCUCUUUAAAAUCCUUGUGUGCUACCUCUAACAAACAUACCUUUUUGCAGACCGCAGUGGCAACUCUUCAAAACCCUCUAACUAAGAAAAGUAUCAAAGGCAGAGUCUUCAUAGACUGCGGUAGUCAGCGGAGUUACAUUACUCUGGCAGCUGCAAAAAGGUUAGGCCUGCCUACCCUCCAGGAAGACCUUCUACUCAUUUUCACUUUUGGAGCUUCUCAACCUCUGCAGACGUUAACCCCCGGAACAACAGUCAACAUCCAGACGAAACGUGAUGUCACUAAGCAGUUUACUGUAAACGUCGUACCAAGAAUUACAGACAGUGUUCCGGUGACGUCCUUCAAGCAUCCCGGAGUCGACAUUGUUGCUGAUGAUGAUACAGUUGGAGAGGUUGUUGAUGUACUCAUCGGGAAUGACUACUUUGGCUCUAUCCUCACAGGAAGAAAGAUCCAGGUGUCAGAAGACUUUUGUUUAUUGGAUACGGACUUUGGAUGGGUGCCCUCAGGAAAGCUUACUACUGGAGAAAGAAGCGAAGUCCUCUCAGUGGUCACAUACUGUCAAUGUCACACUCCUAACUGCCCAUAUUUCAGUGAGCCAGAUCUGCCUUUAAGAAACAUAGACGUAAGGUUCUUAUGGUCAUUAGAGAACCUAGGGAUUACGGACUCUCCAAAAGCUACAAGACAGGAAGAAGCAGUUCGUCACUUCAAUGAGACCGUGCAAUAUGAGGAAGGCCGGUACUUAGUCAAAUGGCCCUGGAUUGAGUACCCACCAGAUUUGCCAUCAAAUUUUGGAUUGGCCUUAGGUCGAUUGAAGAGUAACCUGAAAAGACUGGACCUGCAUUUAAUCAAGGAGUAUGACGUGAUCCUGAAGGAACAGCUGGACCUAGGAAUUAUAGAAGUCGUUACUAGAGGGUCAGACUUGAACGCAGACCACCCAAUUCACUACCUCGCCCACCAUAUGGUGAAACAAGAUGGCGGCGGCAAGGGGAGGAUAGUAUACGAUGCUAGUGCCAAAACUACUGGACAGAAAAGCCUCAAUGAGUGCCUUUACAGCGGACCUUCUAUGUUAGAAGACCUAACGGCGUUACUUUUGAAGUUCCGAACUAAGAGGUAUGGCAUACUGGCUGAUGUAGAAAAGGCGUUUCUACAAGUAGCACUUCAAGAGGAUGAUCGCGAUGUCACAAGGUUCCUCUGGUUAAAGGACACAACCAAGGAAGCAACGGAGGAUAACUUACUGUAUCUGAGGUUCUGCAGGGUACCUUUUGGAGUUGUCGCGAGUCCAUUCUUACUGACAGCAACGAUCCGACACUACAUAAGCCAGUCAAACAAGGCCUUGCUGAAACAAGUCGCUGACAAAUGCUAUGUGGAUAACUUAGUGACUGGAGCUGAUAGCCUGCAGGAGGCUAAACAGAUCUAUGAGCAAACCAGAACAGUGUUUGAACAGCUGUCUAUGAAUAUGAGAGACUGGAUCUCAAACAACCAGAGCCUUAUGGACAAGAUACCAGAACAACAUAGGUCAGUCAAACAUGGACAGGUCAAAGUGCUCGGACUUAUGUGGAAUAUCGAAGAAGAUACGCUGAAACUGAAUUUGACUGAGGACCACUUCAGUACAGAUCCUCCGAUAGACACAAAGAGGAAAGUUCUUCGGGCUCUAGCACGUGUGUAUGACCCAUGUGGUUUUGUAUGCCCACUCAUGUUGUCAAUGAAGCUGAUCUUCCAGAAUAUCUGUGAAAAGAAAUGCAAAUGGGAUACAGAACUACCUACGGAGAUGACACAGUCUGUGAAGAAUGUCAUGGAAAGUCUGAAAUCCAUAGUGAACACAGAGUUGCCGAGGUACAUCGGAACAGAUGUCUCAAUGAGUGAGCUUAAGUACCACUUGCACUGCUUCACAGAUGCCUCCAAAGACGCAUAUGCUGCCAUUGUCUACCUUAAAGUGAUUGAAGAUGGACAAGGAAAAUCAGUCUCCCUUUUGAUGGCAAAAUCACACGUGUCACAGACCAAAGACAAGGAUGAAUUGAAAAUUCCUAAAUUAGAACUUCUAGGAUUUCUGAUUGGAAGCAGACUCCUGAAAUAUGUAAGGAACCAUCUUGAUCUUGACAUCGAGAAAGAAUAUUUGUGGUCAGAUAGUUUGGUUGUGCUUAGUUGGAUGAGGUCAAACAAACUGCUCCCACCCUUUGUUGCCAACAGGGUAAACGAAAUAAAGCGUGACCAUCCCAACACAGAGAUGUUCUAUGUCCACACAAAGGCAAAUCCUGCUGAUGUUGCCACACGUCCAGAACUGUUUGAAGAGAAAAGGCAACUUUGGUUUAACGGACCAGAGUUUCUUGCCAAGGAAGAAUCAUGCUGGCCCCAAAAUAGACUCUAUGAGGCACAUCAGAACCUUCUUUCUGUUGGGGAGGUCCUGGGUGACGACCCAGGUGAGCCGACACAGGAAGUACCCAUUGGUGAUGACGCUGACCAGAGUGAGGCCCUAGAGCAAGGAAGUCCCAGUGAUCCCGUUGAACCAAUGGAAACCCAGGAUUUAAGUAUACCUACAGAGAGUGGUGAAUAUCCUACUGAUGGAAGCAUGGAACUUGACAAUCCUGACUAUCACAAAGAAGGAGACAUCCAGCAGCAGACGAUUGUUUCCAAAAUAGUGUCCGAGAUAAGGGAUCUGCAAAGAAAGCACUUCCAAGAAGAACUAGAUGGUAAAAGAACACAUUUAGCACGAAAUCUAGAUCUCUUUGUCGAUGUGGACGGCCUUCUUAGGUGCCGCGGGCGUAUGGCGAACACCACCUGGAGCUAUGACAUGAAGUAUCCGAUACUACUGCCAAAAAAUUCUGAGUUCACUGACAGAAUCAUAAAGGAGACGCAUGAGAGUAACUACCACGUCGGUGCUCCACAUACAUUGAGUAUCAUCAGGGAGCGGUAUUGGAUACCCCAAGGGAAAGCCCAGGUGAUGAAGGUGUUAAAGCGAUGUACCCAGUGUGUCAAACACGGCGGCGGUCCGUAUCGUUUACCAGGCACACCGGCGCUGCCUCCAGAACGAGUAAAUUACAACAGACCCUUCACUUACACUGGUAUUGACUAUCUAGGACCACUAUUUGUGAGUACCCAGACUGGCAAAGAGAAGCGAUGGGUAGCCUUAUUCACGUGUUUGACAGUAAGAGCGAUACACCUUGAGAUCGUGAAGGACCUUUCGGCUGAAGAAUGUCUCCUGGCCUUGCGACGAUUUAUAGCUGCUAGAAACAAGCCACAACGGAUGUAUUCAGAUAAUGCGACUUGUUUUAAGUUAGUCGCUGAAAUGGUACAACAGCCAUACUGCGUUAAGAAUGACAUCCAGUGGAAAUUUAUAUGUCAACUAGCACCGUGGCAUGGAGGGUUUUACGAGCGGCUUGUGGCCUUGGUGAAGCAUUGCCUUAAAAGAACUCUAGAAAAACACCUUCUCAAUGAUACCAGGUUACUGACGGUGAUGAAGGAAGUGGAAACGGUACUGAAUUCAAGACCGCUGACACGAGUCGGAACAGAAGUGGAACAUGUUCUCUGCCCGGCUGAUUUCAUAAGCCUAGGACAAUGUUUGACUAUGAGACCAUCUGCCGCAGAUAUUCCUACUUGUAACACUGCUACAAAGAGCGACCUGUUUGAGAGCUGGAAGAGAGGAUGCAAUAUCAUAGAGGAAUUUAAGAGAAUGUUCGUCAAGCAGUACCUUGCUAGUCUGAGAGAGAGGUACAACAACUCGCCCAAGCAACCUAGAGUUAAAUCUCAUCGAUCACCACAAGUAGGCGACCUUGUACAGGUUAAAUCGGAUCUCAAGAACAGAAACCUCUGGAAAGUGGGGAAGAUCCACGAGCUGAUCAGAGGAAGUGAUGGUGAAUGUAGAGUAGCGAGGGUCAAGGUUGACGAUUCUACUUUAACGCGUUCCAUUGGCCAUCUCUACCCGCUGGAGGUAGAUGACGAGACGCCUGAGGUAGAACCUGUAGAGGGAGGCUUGCCUGAGAUUGAAGAGGACAGCGGGGAGUUGGAAGUUCCAACCAGCGUGGAUGCUCACGUACCUGUGCUCGAUGAACAACCGGAGAUCGACGCGGAUCAUCUGGCUGGAUGUGAUAUGACCAGUCACAAUGAAGUCCCACCACCAGAGGAGCAGCCAGAGGAAAGAGGCAAUGGGAGAAGCAAGCGGAUCGCAGCCAUUCGUGCCAGGGAUAAAAUCCUGGAGUGGACGCGACACCUGCUCGCCUUGCUGCAGUAACCUUCAUUGUUGUCGGGAGUGUCGCGCCAAGCGCCAAGCGCCAAGCGCGAUGUAAGUUGGUAAGUGGUAUCAACCAGGUUCUACUUUGUCAUGUGGCAACACUGACAGAUAGAAUGACAGUUCUCAUGGCGGGGAAAAGCACGAUGGCGCCAUUAGAGAAAAAAUGGAGGUACGUGCAUGAGGUGUUGGGACGGCGCGGGGUGUACUGAGUCGGUACACGGUGCGCCUUCACGCUCUAACGAGAGCCUGCCCAGGUGAGUGUUUAUACACUUAUUUAUGCGUAUAUAAUCGACAUCCUAGCUACAUGGGAGUGGAACAAGGGGUUAACCAACGGUCCUUGGUUAACGUAGUUUCACUAAGGUGCAGUCCAAUCUCGACAUUGGACUGGGAAGCCCGGGGCUUCCCUGAGUGUGUAUCGGAAGCACACAGGCAGGCAUGUAGUACGGUCGGUUAUGAGUUGGAGUAUAAGGGCCGGAUCUAGGGGGCAGGCAUAUGGAGGAUCCCGUGGGGGCACCGCCCCCACGUCCAGGUGGUGUGCAGGACACCAGGGUACUAGACGGUAGUACCUAGUCUGGAGGCGAACCGAAUCGUACGGGAGAGUCACUCUGGAUAGGCCAGUAGACUGCACUCUCAUAUUGAUACAGAUGUGCGAUGCCAACUCGGAAGUAAAUGUACUUGUACAUGUAACAGUGUGGUCGUAGGUCGGCCCCUUCUCCUACUCUCAUGUAGCAUGGUGUUAUGUGUAUUCAUGAUGAUAUGUUUUGUUGCCCAGAGCAAUCUAUACCCAAUUGGAUUCAGGCACUUGUAUUAUGCAUAGCUGGGUAUAGAAGGCGCGACAAUAGACGUCAUAUUUCCAUUAAAUUUGACAUUAAUGAUGACAUUGCCACACUUAAUCAUUUAUUAUGUAUAAAUAGAAUGUCAGGAUUUGGACGAAGUAGGCGACAUUUCAUGAAAUCCACCUGAAAUGAACGUGUAUGAAACUCGAUAAAACCGAUUGAUUGCCGUCUACAAGGAAUAUAAAGUACGUAGUUUGCAACGACA